AUGUCUGACAUGUCUUCGACUCAGUCACAAGAUUUAUCAGAUAAAGAAAGCCACAUUAUUGAUGUCUCCACUCACACGUUUGUUGUUCCGGAGAAGAAGAUAAAAUUGCCAGAGGACCUUCCCAAAUGGGAGAGAUCACAGGCAUACUCUGAUUUGUUGGGAUUUAUUCUGGCUUUGAACGAUGCUGUUAAGAACAAGAAGAUCCGUGACCAGUACCCUGUGUCGUCGCAAGUGGAGAAGCUGCAUGGUCUUCUAGAGGUCCUAGACAAGUGGGUGGAUGAGAUCCCCCCCAUUGAUCAACCACAGCGAUUCGGCAAUAAGGCUUUCAGAACUUGGUUUGCCAGGUUGAAAGAGAAAGGUCCAGGGUUGUUGGAGGAGAGCUUGCCGCCAGGGUUUGAGCCGGCAGUGCCUGAGCUUAUUGUCUAUCUCAUUGAAAGUGUGGGAAACGAUACACGCAUCGACUAUGGGACUGGUCAUGAGCUUGCCUUUGUGGCAUUUUUAUGUUGUCUUUGCAAACUGGGAGUUCUCAGAGAGGAGGAUUAUGUUGCAGUUGUUCUCAAGCUGUUUGAGAGAUAUCUGUACCUGAUGCGCAAACUGCAACUGACCUAUCGCAUGGAGCCAGCAGGAAGCCACGGGGUGUGGAGUCUGGAUGACUACCAAUUCUUGCCAUUUCUGUGGGGGAGUUCACAGUUAAUGGAUCACCCCAAGAUUAAACCAAAGUCUUUUAUCAAUGAAGACAUCUACAAUGGAUUCUACAAAGAUUACAUCUUCCUCAGUGCCAUCAAGUUUAUUAACCAGGUGAAGACGGGGCCGUUUGCAGAACACUCCAACCAGUUGUGGGGGAUCAGUGCUGUGCCUAACUGGGCCAAGGUUAAUGCGGGUCUUUUGAAGAUGUACAGGGCAGAGGUCCUGGCCAAGUUUCCCAUAAUCCAACACUUCAUGUUUGGCAGCCUGCUGACACUGGAUCCAUCUCCGAACCCGCCCCCACCAGUGGCUAGUGCUGUCCCUAACAUGGCAGUCUCAGCCGGCAGAUCUGACCUGGCCACAGCAACAAUGAUGCCUCCACCUUCACGGCCACCAGUGUCCUGA